GGACUCUGCUCAGGUCUCUGUGGUUCUGGCUCCUCCGGUCCUCCUCCGGUUCUCCUCCGGUUCUCCUCCGGUCUUCCUAAGACCCCGACCCUCCCACUCCGCCCUCACCGGCCGUGUUUCACCUCCACAGGGAUGCGAAAGCGGAACAGCUCCCUGACCGCGGAGCACGACCCUCUGCCGGACACCGACCCGCUCCUGAAGCAGCGACCCGGCGGAGGAGCAGUGGGGCCCGGCACCGGCGGCCGCCAGGGCCCGGGAGAGCAGCGGACCAUGGGGAAACCGUUCCGGAGGUUGGGCGUCCUGGGGAAGAUGAAGCGGGUGUUCUUUUGGAUUCUCAUCAUCUACGUUUCCAUCCCCUGCAUCAUCAAACUGGUUCCAUCCAUUCAGGCCAAACUCGUCUUCCUCAACUUCGUGAGGAUGCCGUACUUCAUAGACCUGAAGCGACCCCUGGACCAAGGCUUGAACCACACACACAACUUCUACCUGGAGCCUGAAGUCGGACAGAGAGUCGGAGUCUGGCACACGGUUCCUGCUCACAUGUGGAGGGAAGCUCAGGGCAAAGACGGCGCCUGGUACAACGCCGAGCUUAACUCCGCCCACGCCGUCAUCCUCUAUCUCCAUGGAAACGCAGGCACCAGAGGAGGAGACCACCGAGUCCAGCUGUACAAGGUCCUCAGUUCUCUGGGAUACCAUGUGAUCACCUUUGAUUACAGAGGUUGGGGGGACUCGGACGGAUCUCCAUCUGAAGGAGGGAUGACGUCAGACGCUCUCUUCAUGUAUGACUGGCUGAAACAGAAACUGGACAGAAGGCCUCUGUACAUCUGGGGACACUCUCUGGGAACUGGAGUCGCCACAAACCUGGUCCGACGUCUGUGCGACAGAGGUGCUCCUCCAGAUGCUCUGGUCUUAGAGUCUCCGUUCACCAACAUCAGAGAGGAAGCCAAGAGCCACCCCUUCUCCAUGGUUUAUCGGUUCCUGCCUGGAUUUGACUGGUUCUUCCUCGACUCCAUCACGGCCAACAACAUCCGUUUUGCCAGCGACGAAAAUGUCCACCACAUCUCGUGUCCCGUUUUAAUCCUUCAUGCUGAGGACGACAGCGUGGUUCCAUUUCAUCUGGGAAAAAAGCUGUUCGACGCGGCGUCUCAGUCCAAGAGUCUGAGCGGACACAAAGUCCAGUUCGUCCCUUUCGCUUCAUCUCUGGCCUACAAACACAAGUUCAUCUACAGGAGCCCAGAGCUGCCAAACAUCCUCAGUAACUUCCUUGGCUCGGCUCAUCCCGUUGCUCAGUGACGACGUUUCGGUGUUUCUUUUGAACUUUCUGCUGUUGGGUUUGUUUUCACGUGAAUCGCAGACUGAACUGAACUGAACACAAACACCAUCAUUCCUUUUGUCAUUGCCGUGUUUUUAACUGAUUGUACUGUACGAGGAGGAGGACGACGACCAAACAGAACAAACCCAAUGAAGAAAAAGCCGUUGGUAUGAAGUCUUCAUGGUCUGGUCUGUGGGAUGAGUUUGUUUGUUUUUUAAGUUCAUCUGAUCAUGUCUGACUCUGGUUUUAAAAUUCUUUGGGUUGAACUGAAGGCCUGUUAUGACUUGAAUUAUCAAUUAAAAUAUUUCUUGUUUUCUUUA